AUGUCCUCUGGCUCCCCCUGCAGUCUCAUGGUGAAAGUGCGCCCUUUCCAUGUCAGUCCCGUGGGGCUGCAGCAGCUGCAGAUGAGCACAGUUUACUUUUUCCGCAGGCAAGGAGAGGAGCAGAGCACGGCUCAGGGACUUUCUGCUCUGCACUUGACCAUGGCCGCUGUGGUCAUUAACGCCAGCGGAGAGCGGGAGCAUAACGGGCUCACGCAGACACCGCUGCUCAAGAUCUGGGUCCCAUAUGAGAACUGCGAUCCGAACCGAAGACGCGCGUCCGCAGUGCCUCAGUUCUGUAACUCCCCGACGAUGAUUGUGAUGGUGGGACUGCCGGCCAGAGGGAAGACCUACAUCUCCAAGAAACUCACGCGAUACCUCAACUGGAUUGGAGUCCCUACAAGAGUGUUUAACGUGGGUCAGUACCGCAGGCAGGCAGUGAAAACCUACAAGAACUUUGAAUUUUUUAAACCGGACAAUGAAGAGGCCAUGAGGAUUCGCAAGGCCUGUGCAGCAGCUGCCCUGAAAGACGUCUCUGAGUUUUUCUCAAAAGAACAGGGACAAGUGGCCGUAUUUGACGCAACUAACACGACUAGAGAACGACGAACCCUCAUUUUGAACUUUGCCAAAGAGCGAGGAUACAAGGUGUUUUUUGUUGAAUCUAUCUGCGAAGACCCUGAAAUUAUUGCAGAAAAUAUUAAGCAAGUGAAGUUUGGGAGUCCAGACUACGCGGAUUGUGAAUUUGAUGAAGCGAUGGAGGAUUUUGUUCAGAGGAUAGACUGUUACAGAGCCAGCUACAUGCCCAUCGACGACGAAAAGGACAGAAAGCUGUCGUACAUAAAGAUCUAUGACGUGGGGGUCCGUUACCUGGUGAACCGCGUGCAGGACCACCUCCAGAGCAGAAUUGUGUAUUAUCUGAUGAACAUCCACGUGACUCCGCGCUCCAUCUACCUCAGCCGACACGGGGAGAGCCAACUCAACCUGGUGGGACGCAUCGGAGGAGACUCUGGGCUGUCCCCCCGAGGAGAGAAGUACGCCAUUGCACUGGCAACUUUCAUCAGAAACCAGAACAUCAAAGACCUGAAGGUUUGGACGAGUCACAUGAAGAGGACAAUCCAGACUGCGGAGACCCUGGGGGUCCCCUACGAGCAGUGGAAGGCCCUCAACGAGAUUGACGCUGGAGUGUGUGAGGAGAUGACGUACGAGGAGAUCCAGGAGCAUCAUACAGAGGAAUUUGCUCUGAGGGACCAGGACAAAUACCGCUACCGCUAUCCCAAAGGAGAGUCGUAUGAAGACCUGGUCCACCGUCUGGAGCCUGUGAUCAUGGAGCUGGAGCGGCAGGAGAACGUUCUGGUUGUGUGUCAUCAGGCUGUGAUGAGGUGUCUGCUCGCCUACUUCCUCGACAAACCUGCAGAUAAGUUGCCGUACCUGCGAUGCCCUCUUCACACAGUGCUCAAGCUGACCCCUAUAGCCUACGGAUGUAAAGUGGAGUCCUUUUACCUCAACAUCGAAGCCGUCAACACCCACAGAGAAAAGCCAGGGAAUGUGAAUGUGAACAGAAACCCGGAGGAUGCUCUUCAGACGGUCCCUGAUCACAUCUGA